GGAGGAGAAAGCUCCGGGUCCGCGCGUCCUCGCAGAGCUCUCUUUUGCCGUCAAACCUAUAAGCAGUCGGGUGCAACCGGAGUGCCCGGGGCCGUGGGCUUAUUUACCCCCGGGAAUCGGAAUUGGACUCCAGCGAACUACCCCCGAAGAUGCUCGUCUUCCUGCUGCCUGUCGUGGCUCUCUUGCUGAGCAGACAAACGACGGUCUCCGGUGACGGCAACGACAAAUGGCUGAGCACCGUGGCUCAAUACAACAAGGACAGAUCCUGGAACAGAUUCAGAGACGAAGUGGAGGAUGACUACUUCAAAAGCUGGGCUCCUGCCAAGUCUGUAGACCAAGAUCGAGAGGCCCUCCCUGGUAGAUUUGGAGACCAUGCAGGGACCAAAGCCCACACUGGCUUGUCCAAGAAGACAGUGAAGGAUCGUCCAGACGCCACCAAGGAUCCCUGUCUGAAGGUGCGCUGUCCUCCUCACAAGGUGUGUGUCAGCCAUGACUACGAGACGACCAUCUGCACCAAUCAAAAGCAGCCAGCUCACAAUGUGAAACCCAGAAAAGGUAGCACAGGCCGCAUGCACAGGCUUGAAACCAGCGCUCAUGGGAAAUGCAGGCUCUGCUCAGCACUUCAAUCAACUCCUGUGUGUGGAUCUGAUGGACACACCUACUCCUCCAAGUGCAAGUUGGAGUUCCAGAGCUGCCUGUCUGGGAAGACAGUCUCAGUAAAAUGUGAUGGACUUUGUCCCUGUUUGCCUGGUCGGGAGCUCGGAUAUACCCCACACAAGACGGAGAAGGCUGCCUGCACAGACACAGAGCUUCACAGUCUGGCUGCAAGACUGAAGGACUGGUUUGGAGUCCUCCACCUCGACGCCAACAGAGAUCUCAAAUCCUCUGACAGCUUCGACUCUGCCACUGGACACUUUGACACCAGCAUCUUGCCCAUCUGUAAGGACUCACUGGGCUGGAUGUUCAACAAGCUAGACAUGAACUUUGACCUCCUGCUGGACCAAUCAGAGCUGAGCGCCAUCUACCUGGAUAAGUAUGAGCUGUGCAUGAAGCCCCUCUUCAACUCCUGCGAUUCCUUCAAGGACGGCAAGCUGUCUAACAACGAGUGGUGUUACUGCUUCCAGAAACCCGAGGGCCUGCCUUGUCAAAGUGAGAAGAGUAGGAUCCAGAAUCAGAGUCGAAGGAAGAGCCUCAUAGGCUCUUAUAUCCCUCGCUGUACCGAGGAGGGCUACUUCAAACCAACCCAGUGUCAUGGCAGCACCGGCCAGUGUUGGUGUGUGGACAAAUACGGCAAUGAGAUCGCCGGCUCCAGGAAACAGGGCAACCCCAACUGCGACGAGGACCAGGAGACAUCGGGAGAUUUCGGCAGCGGCGGAGCAGUCAUUCUCCUCGACGACCAGGAGGAGGAGCCAUCACAGAGUGUCCGGAGCCGGCAGAAGAAGAGACGGGGCCGGAUCCACCCCAGGGGAGCCAUCGAGGAUGACGAGGACGAGGAAGACGAUAAGGAUGACGAAAUCGGCUACGUUUGGUAGCUCCACUUCACUUUACUCUGCCAUCAGCUCGACCAGGAAACUCCGCUAACUCAGCACAGAUCUGAAGCCAUUCCAAUGUCUCCUCCUCCAGUUACUCUGGCAGCAGUCCCAUCUUUUGGCUCCUGAACUUGCCCUUGUAAUCCCUGUCCCUAAUUCAAAUGUCUCUCUUCAGUGAACCUCACCCGGCCUCUUCCCUUUCAAGUCUUUCCUCAGACAGAAAAUAGAGAGCCUAUUAGAUUUCAACAAUCAUGGUCGAGCCCCUGUUAGAUUCUGUCCACGUUCUGCUCGUAAACCUGUCAUCUUUAACCUCUCCUAACAUGGACAAUUCUCUGUUCUCUCUAUUACCCUCUCUAUUUCCUUUAACCUCUUCUGUCCCUCUUCUAUCUCUGUAUGUCCAUGUCAGAGCCAACGGUCAGUCUGUGAGCCCAGAUACAUUAGCUGAAGUAUUGGAUGUAAAUAUGUUUCCUCCAGGAAGGCCAGAAUGGGGAUUACGCUCUCUGUUCUUCCAUCAGCUGGUCAUUCUUCAUUCAUUCAUGCUCCGUGUCCCACUGUCGGGCUCCUUCGAGUGUUCAUUAAUGUUUCCACAAUUCACCGCCACACUCCCAGGCUCUGAGAUGCUCCCCCUUAUCUCUCUCUGUGUUAUUUCAUGGAGGAUUGUAAAUUAUUUAGUCGUUGAUCUUGAAUGUCCAAGACAGCCCAGGAAGCAAUGAGAUUAAUGAUGUAUUGUCGUUGUUGUUGCAUGUUUCUCAUCGUGUUUCUGUAAAAGAGAGAUUCCCUGGCCAGGUCUAGCUCUAUGCAUCUCAAACAGAAAGUGAUGCCUAUUUGGCUGCUACAAUACUUUGUUGCUAUGUUGAUGCUGUCUAGUGUCUUUUUGGUUCUUCUCCCAAUCUCAGGAGGUAGGAAGUUGCAUUGCAGAGCGAUAGCGGUGUAGAAAAGUGAACUGCAAGGCCUACAGUCCAAAUCUGCGGUGUCUCAGCCAUCUAUUAUUUUACUAAUUGGAGAGUCAGGCUGCUGAGGCUGUUUGACUGUGCAUGGACACUAGAGAAAAAAGCUGCUCCUGAGUUUGGAGGACAAAUGAAGGUGGGCGAGCAGAGAAGAGGCUCUGUUCUGCCUCCCCAUACCGGAUAUGUUCAGUAAUUUGAGAUUGAUAUCUUCACCAUGUCAACUAAGUGAACUUUUAUUUGUAACUUUGAAAAUUUAAGUAAAGUGGCACCUUGGGUGUCUUUUGAACCUUA